AUGUCCCGUGACCCAACCAACACCAACUGCACAGCCCAGUGCAUGGCAUCUCAACGGUGGUUUCCACCACACCUCCUCAAGGCGCAUGGGCAUGGCAUUCAUGGUGGCGCAUGGCAUUCAUGGUGGCGCAUGGCAUUCAUGGUGGCGCAUGGCAUUCAUGGUGGCGCAUGGCAUUCAUGGUGGCGCAUGGCAUUCAUGGUGGCGCAUGGCAUUCAUGGUGGCGCAUGGCAUUCAUGGUGGCGCAUGGCAUUCAUGGUGGCGCAUAGCAUUCAUGGUGGCGCAUGGCAUGCAUGGUGGCGCAUGGCAUUCAUGGUGGCGCAUGGCAUUCAUGGUGGCGCAUGGCAUGCAUGGUGGCGCAUGGCAUUCAUGGUGGCGCAUGGCAUUCAUGGUGGCGCAUGGCAUUCAUGGUGGCGCAUUGCAUUCAUGGUGGUGCAUGGCAUGCAUGGUGGCGCAUGGCAUUCAUGGUGGCGCAUGGCAUUCAUGGUGGCGCAUGGCAUGCAUGGUGGCGCAUGGCAUUCAUGGUGGCGCAUGGCAUGCAUGGUGGCGCAUGGCAUUCAUGGUGGCGCAUGGCAUUCAUGGUGGCGCAUGGCAUUCAUGGUGGCGCAUGGCAUUGAUGGUGGCGCAUGGCAUUCAUGGUGGCGCAUGGCAUUCAUGGUGGCGCAUGGCAUGCAUGGUGGUGCAUGGCAUUCAUGGUGGCGCAUGGCAUUGAUGGUGGCGCAUGGCAUUCAUGGUGGCGAAUGGCAUUCAUGGUGGCGCAUGGCAUUCAUGGUGGCGCCUGGCAUUCAUGGUGGCGCAUGGCAUGGUGGCGCAUGGCAUGGUGGCGCUAGGCAUGGUGGCGCUUGGCAUGGUGGCGCAUGGCAUGGCGGUGCAUGGAAUGGCAUGGCGGCGCAUGGCAUGGCGGCGCAUGGCAUGGCGGCGCAUGGCAUGGUGGCGCUUGGCAUGGUGGCGCAUGGCAUGGUGGCGCUUGGCAUGGUGGCGCUUGGCAUGGUGGCGCAUGGCAUGGUGGCGCUUGGCAUGGUGGUGCAUGGCAUGGUGGCGCUUGGCAUGGUGGCGCUUGGCAUGGUGGCGCAUGGCAUGGCGGCGCUUGGCAUGGUGGCGCAUGGCAUGGUGGCGCUUGGCAUGGUGGCGCUUGGCAUGGUGGCACUUGGCAUGGUGGCGCUUGGAAUGGUGGCGCUUGGCAUGGUGGCGCUUGGCAUGGUGGCGCAUGGCAUGGUGGCGAUUGGCAUGGUGGCGCAUGGCAUGGUGGCGCUUGGCAUGGUGGCGCUUGGCAUGGUGGCGCUUGGCAUGGUGGCGCUUGGCAUGGUGGCGCAUGGCAUGGUGGCGCAUGGCAUGGUGGCGCAUGGAAUGGUGGCGCUUGGCAUGGUGGCGCUUGGCAUGGUGGCGCUUGGCAUGGUGGAGCAUGGCAUGGUGGCGCAUGGAAUGGUGGCGCUUGGCAUGGUGGCGCAUGGCAUUCAUGGUGGCGCAUGGCAUUCAUGGUGGCGCAUGGCAUUCAUGGUGGCGCAUGGCAUUCAUGGUGGCGCAUUGCAUUCAUGGUGGUGCAUGGCAUGCAUGGUGGCGCAUGGCAUUCAUGGUGGCGCAUGGCAUUCAUGGUGGCGCAUGGCAUGCAUGGUGGCGCAUGGCAUUCAUGGUGGCGCAUGGCAUGCAUGGUGGCGCAUGGCAUUCAUGGUGGCGCAUGGCAUUCAUGGUGGCGCAUGGCAUUCAUGGUGGCGCAUGGCAUUGAUGGUGGCGCAUGGCAUUCAUGGUGGCGCAUGGCAUUCAUGGUGGCGCAUGGCAUGCAUGGUGGUGCAUGGCAUUCAUGGUGGCGCAUGGCAUUGA